AUCGGCUUCCGUGAUCUACAAUGGAUCUGCCGAUAAUUCUCAAUCUCAAUAACGAGAUUGUGAAGAUGAGAAAAGAAGUGAAGAGAAUACGAGUUUUGGUCAUCAGAAAACUUGUCAGGAGUGUUGGCAGGCUGAAGUCAAAAAAAGGUACUGAAGGUGCACUGUUAAAAAAUCAAAGACAGACGCAGUGAUUGCUUGAAGAAAUCCAUGCCAUGAAGGAAUUGAAACCUGAUAUAGUAACUAAAUCUGCUCUUGGUGAUGAUAUCAACUUUGAAAAGAUCUGCAAAAAGCCAGAUUCUUCUGCAACUGAAAGGGCAAUUGCCAGACUAGCCGAACAUCCUCUUCUAAAGAAAAAAAUAGGUAUACUAAAAGCUGCUGUCCAAGCCUUUAAAGAUGCAAGACAAAAUACUACUGAAGUUAAGAAUACUACAGAAGGAAAUCAUUCUAAGGACACUUUAUAUUCAGAUGAUGAAGAAAGUAAGUCACAGCAUGAAAGAACUAAGACCAUUGAGCAGAAAUUGAAAGAAGCCAAAACACAGGCAAAGAAACCAAUAAAUAAUUCAAAAAAAAAUGGCCACAAUGGAACAUGGACCGAAAGCAGUGAACAUUCCAAAUUCUCUCUCAAAGCUUUUAGAAAAGGAUUCUGUAGUUACCCCUCUCAGUUCCAGAAGACACCUCCUAACCCACACAUGAAAACAUUAAAUAAAAAGAAAGGGUCUGAUAACUUGCUUGGUGAUGACAGUGAUAGCGAGGAAGAAUUAUUUGGAGAAGAAUAGGAAUAUUUUGAUGACAGCACAGAAGAAAGGUUCUACCAACAGUCUUCCAUGUCUGAAGACAGUGAUAGUGGUGAUGACUUCUUCAUUGGAAAAACCAGACGGACACGAAAAAAGGAAAGUGGUUGCCGUACUUCAGCUAAGGAACAAAAACCUCUCCACCAAGUGUUGGCCAAAGAAGAUAUCCGUGAAACUAACUGGGAUUGUGAUGUAAAAAAUAGAAAUGACAAAAACAAGCCAAGUACAGAAGCCAGGAAGUUAGAAUCAGUAUUUUUUCACUCUUUAUCUGGAUCUAAAAGUUCUAGAAGGGAGCAUAGAGAACAAGCUCCAAAAAGCAAAAUCUCAGAUUUU